AUGGACAUGAGCAUGGACGGUAUGCACGGGGACCACCCAGGAAUGGGCUCUGAAAUCAAUCAUGCCUUCUCCCGUGAUUACUGGUAUAUUGCCGCCGGCGUCGUCGGCUUUCUCGCUACCGUCCGCGCCGUUAACGCAUAUGGUGCCCACGUCCGAAUCUCAUCAUGUCGCAAUCCCGCGAUCCAACAUCCGACCCGUCCCAACGGCCGCCUCUCCCAAGCCUGGGCCACCGCGACGGCCUUUGUCCGUGAGAUGAGCCAUCCGCAGUACUACAUCCCCAUCAAGAGCCUCCGCUGGGCGACUCCCCUCCCGCUCGGCCGGAUCCUCGCCCUCCUCGCCUACUGGGCCGUCAUCGUCUACUUCAUGUCCUGGCGCGUCGUCGCCAACGACGCCACUUACUGGGAGCGCAUCGGCUUCCGAAACGCGUGGGUUACCGUCUGCCAGCUGCCCAUGCUCUACCUCCUCGCCAUGAAGUACAACCCGAUCGGCCUCCUCAUCGACACCAGCCACGAGCGCAUCAACUGGCUGCACCGCUGGGUCGGCCGCACCAUGUUCAUCACCGCCACCUGCCACGGCUUCCACUUCUGGACGGAGUGGGUACGCGCCGACUUUGUCGAGUACGAGCUUGAGAUCAUGCCCAUGGUCAAGUACGGCCUCGGCGCCUGGGCCAUCUUACUCUGGUCUGUCGUCGUCGGCUUCGUCCCUAUCCGUCGCCUGGCGUACGAGAUCUGGCUGCUGCAGCACAUCGCCUCGGCUGCCGUCAUGCUGUGGCUCAUCUACAAGCACAUCCCCGCCAACGCGCGCCACUUCCUCUGGAUGGCCAUUGCCUUUCUCGCCUUUGACCGGCUCGCACGCUGGGCAAACCUGCUCUGGCAGAACGUGCAGUUCCGGCGCAACAAGUCGGUCUGCGAGGGCCGCAGCCGCAUCGGCCACCGCGUCUUCGCCCGCGCCGUCGGCGACGCCACCACGGUCCUCACCAUCAAGGACGUCCACUUCAAGUGGUCCGCCGGCCAGCACAUCUACCUCUGGGUUCCGCGGCUGGGCCCGCUCGAAGCCCACCCGUACACCAUUGCCUGCGCGCACCGGCUGGAGGGCGCGUGCUGCUGCAACAGCAUCCAGCUCAUCGUGCGCGCCCACGGCGGCUUCUCCAAGCGCCUCCACAAGUACGCCGUCGAGAACCCCGCCGCCGAGCUCACCGGCCUCGUCUCGGGCCCCUACGGCGCCCCGGCCAACUGGGACACCUUUGAGCGUCUGGUGCUCAUCGGCGCCUCCACCGGCGCCAGCUUCGUCGUCCCGAUCCUCGAGGCCGUCGCCACCAAGUCCCAGGAGAAGACGUGCGUGCGCCGCAUCGACCUGGCCGUCGUCGCCAAGUCGGCCACCGAGACGCAGUACUACAUGGCCCGCGCCAAGGACGCCGCCCAGGCCGCCCGCGCCCACGGCAUCGCCGUCCACCUACACCUGGCCAUCACCGGCGGCCACGCCUCCGCCUCACGGCCGACGAGCGGCAGCCUGCUUCAAGGCGAGCCGCGCGACAGCUCCGAGCUGGACCUUGACGAGAAGCGGGCCGCCGCGCACCAGGACACGCACGUCCACGCCGCCACCCGCAGCAGCCGCUCCAACAGCGACGCGCAGCACGCGACACACGUAGUCAAGGAGUACGCGGCGCGCCCGGACAUCGAGGCGCUCAUCAGGGAGCCGGUGGAGGACGCGUGGGGCGAGACGGCGGUGGUGGUCUGCGGCGGCAAGGAGAUCGUGGCGCGCACGCGGAACUGCGUGGCGGCGCUGAGCGACGAGCGCGCGGUGCACAAGGGAACAGGGGCGCAGGGGAUAUACCUGCACGUGGAGGAGUAUGCAUUUUAG